AGUGGAGCCGGCGGCCCCGGCACGUGAUUUGCGACCGGCUCUGUCGCUUGGUGGCUUGGUCUGUCUGUCCGUCCGCGGGUGCCAUCAUGGCGGACGCGGCCAGUCAGGUUCUCCUGGGCUCCGGUCUCACCAUCCUGUCUCAGCCGCUCAUGUACGUGAAAGUGCUCAUCCAGGUGGGAUAUGAGCCUCUUGCCCCAACAAUAGGACGAAAUAUUUUUGGGCGGCAAGUAUGUCAGCUUCCUGGUCUCUUUUGUUACGCUCAGCACAUUGCAAGUAUCGAUGGGAGGCGUGGGUUGUUCACAGGCUUAACUCCAAGACUGUGUUCAGGAGUCCUUGGAACUGUUGUCCAUGGUAAAGUUUUACAGCAUUACCAGGAAUUCGACAAGGUUGAGGAGUUAGGACCUGCAAAUGUACAAAAAGAAGGUUCAUCUUCCUUUGACCGAGUUAUCAAAGAGACAACUCGAGAGAUGAUCGCUCGUUCUGCUGCUACCCUCAUCACACAUCCCUUCCACGUGAUCACUCUGAGAUCUAUGGUACAGUUCAUUGGCAGAGAAUCCAAGUACUGUGGACUUUGUGACUCCAUAGUAACCAUCUAUCGGGAAGAGGGCAUUCUAGGAUUUUUUGCGGGUCUAAUUCCUCGCCUCCUAGGUGACAUCAUUUCUUUGUGGCUCUGUAACUCACUGGCCUACCUCGUCAAUACCUAUGCACUGGAUAGCGGGGUUUCCACCAUGAAUGAAAUGAAAAGUUAUUCCCAAGCUGUCACAGGAUUUUUUGCCAGUAUGUUGACGUAUCCCUUUGUGCUUGUAUCUAACCUUAUGGCCGUCAACAACUGUGGGCUUGCUGGUGGAUGCCCUCCUUAUUCCCCAAUAUAUAGUUCUUGGAUAGAUUGCUGGUGCACACUACAGAAAGAGGGAAAUAUGAGCCGAGGAAAUAGCUUGUUUUUCCGGAAGGUCCCUUUUGGGAAGACUUAUUGUUGUGACCUGAGAAUGUUAAUUUGAAGAUGUGGGGCAGGGACAGUGACAUUUCUAUAGUCCCAGACGCACAGAAUUAUGGGAGAGAAUGUUGAUUUCUAUACAGUGUGGCGCGCUUUUUUAAUAAUCAUUUAAUCUUGGGAAAAUGGAGGUGACUGGUGUCUGCCUUUUUUGUUCUUUUUCCUAGCACAUUAUUUACCACUGAUAUUCCCCCAUUAGUUAUUCUGAAAUGGGACAUUUAUUGCUCCAGAUUCUUGUUUUAUGUAAACUAAAGGAAAAAAAAAACUUAUAUUUUCCUAAAGGUACCGGCAGGUUGUUGUUGAUUUGAGUCUCAAUUUAAGGCUUUGUAAAAUGAAGAGUAGAAUCCCAAGAAGAAAUGCUUCUAUAAAAUUUAAGGAAUUAAAAAAGCAUAUUAUAUAGGAGGUUAUGAAUUACUUUUUCUGGCAUAGACCAUAAUAAGUCAACAACUAUUAAGAGUUAGCCUCCCAUUAUAUGCUUCUAAGCAUUUAAUUAAAACCUUGUCUUUUAUACUUCAAAGAAAGGACAAACAGUAUGUUGCUAAAUUACCGUAGAAAAAUCUCUACAUGAGCCAUCCAUGUCUAUUGUAGAGGAAAAAAAAAAUGUCACCAACAUCAAAGAGAAAGAAUGAUUGUAAAGAAUAAGAUUUGGAAAGAAAGUAUGAUGACAUUUUUUUCCCCCACGUAAAGAAGUUUUUACCUAAAAUAUGAAAAGCAAAUAGUGUGGCAGUAGCCUCCUUCUCUAAGAGCUAGGUAUUGGCCAGUCCCUAAAUUCCAUCACUAUAUGGUUCUCAUUAUAUUUGAUCUUUUGUUCCUAAGUUUUUUGUUUUGUUUCCUUUUUGUUAUUUUUGCAAAAGGUGAGUAAUUUGUUUUAAUUCCUGAUGACACCCUCAGAGAGCGUAUUUGUAUCUGGGAAUAUGGACGUAAGUCCACAGGGUUCUUAGGAUAUUUAUCACUUCGCAUGUCAUACCCUUAGGCAUGUUAAUAAACGUUUGGAAGAAAAAUCACUUUCAAAGGAAAUAAAAUUCAACUCAAGCAUAAAGCUCCUAUUUAUUCAGGGCUUUUGAAAACAGGCUAUGCCCUAAAAUGAGAAAGCCUAUGGUUUCAUUUAUUUAAUCUACUGGGACUUUGCCAAAUGAGUAAGCACUUAAUUUGCUGCUUCUAGAUUUGUCUAUCAAAGUAGCAGCACCCAUAAUAUUAGGUAACUGGGGCACAUAGGGGUCUUCUCCCUCCUGCAGGGUUUAGGCUACAACCUGAAGCUCAUGAGACUAGCUUAGCUCGAAAUGUCUUUGAUGUCAAAUAUUCUGUCUUAAAAAGUAAUGUAAGUUUUAUAUCUUAUUCGAUAUUAUCAGAAUUUGUUUUAAUAUAAAAAUGUUUUACAUUACCUACUUUUUUCUCCCCCCUCCCCCCUCAAAAAAAUCUUCAAGUAAAGCUGAUCUAGGAAAACUUU